UGCAGGGGAAGAGAGUGGGUUGUCUAGUGUGUGUGUGUGUGUGUGUGUGUGUGUGUGUGUGUGUGUGUGUGUGUGUGUGUGUGUGUGUGUGUGAGCAGGGGGGGGUCGAGAGGGAGUGUGUAGGUGUGUGUUGUAACAGAUGAGAGGGAAUCUUUGCCAGAUUAGUCAGGGAAGAGGCAGGCUUGUUAUAGGAGAUAUAGCACAGGCAUGGAGCAUCACAUGCACACACACACACACACGCACGCACACACAAGUGACACCCUUCCUUCCUCACACACACACACAUCACAGUCAAUCAGGCAGCUCUCAGCUGUGUCAUACAUCUUGGAGGAUUACCCUCUAUCCCUCCAGUAUUCCUCUGCAGCCCCUUCAGAGAGGGAGCAGCGGGGCUCUCAAAGCCUCCAUUUGAGCCGAGCGAUGAUGAGCAGGAUUUCCAUUGUUGCCUCUCCAGUGUUGUUGUGUUGUGUCCUCUAAACUCUGUGCUCUGCCAUGUCUUCUCUCUGCCUGAGGCAGGAGAGAACGGUUCGCUGGAGAACAUGGAAGAGGACAUCAGCCUAAAGAAGCGUAAAGGUGAUCACCAUGGGGAGAGAGUGCUGCAGGCCGCGCAGGAAACCGGCGAGAAGGUGAAAAGGAAGCGAGGGCGCCCACCAGCAGAGAAACUGCCUCCGAAUCCACCUGAGCUCACCAGAACACUGAACACGCUGGUCGAUAUGGUGAUCAACUACAAGGACGGGUUGGGUCGGCAGAUCAGUAAAGGCUUUGUGCAGCUUCCCUCCCGGAAGGAGGCACCUGAGUACUACGAGCUGAUCCGGAAGCCUGUGGACUUCAGAAGGAUCAGGGAACGUGUGCGCAAUCACAAGUACAGAAGUGUGGGGGAUCUGGAGAAGGAUCUUUUCCUCCUGUGUCACAAUGCUCAGACUUAUAACCUGGAAGGAUCUCAGAUCUAUGAGGAUUCAAUUGUUAUUAAGUCCGUUUUCGAGAGCGCGAGACAGAGAAUUGUCACAGACGAGGAGCAGAAAGAGACGGUUAGCACCAGUCACAGUGAUAAUGGCGGCAGAGCUGAAGACCAGUUUGUUCCAUCAGCAGGGAAACCACUACCAGUCCAGCUAAAGAAGGGCACUAAGGAGGAGAGAAGCAGAAAUACAAUGGCCAAAAGGCUCCACAGUGAUUUAGACAGUGAUGAGGAUCUAGAGGAUAACACCACAAAGGAUGAAGGGUGAACUGAAAGGCCUCAAAAGGUCCAUGUUUUGUAUUCUUCUUCAUGUCUGUUCACUGCCACAUCCCUUUUCAUUGGUUUCCUCAUUUUCUAAGCAAAAUAAAGGUCUUUGAAAAUAAAACCGAAGGGGCCACUCGAAGAGAGCCACUUGUGGAAUAAUGCUUUUUUCAUUAAGAUGACUCAUGCCACUCAACCAAGUCUUGCUGCACUUAGUGCUGUUCCUUUAAUUUAGCUAGUAUUUUACAGUAAUUAUGAUUUCCAUUUUAUCUGCCUUAGUCCCUGUGAUUGCUUCUGCAGAUAUUAUGUAAAACACCAGUUUCACUGACUGUUUUUAAUCGGUAUAUUUGAUUGUAUGAAAAGCCUUCAUAUGUCUUGGAGCAUGAUUUGUAUCUCUCCUGAAACCGAGAUCCUCCAGAGCAGCCCCCGCUGAAGAACCGCAGCACGGGAAGGUCUUUUUAACGACAAUGAGAACAAACGAACACUGCGAGUGUGUUUAAAAAUCUCUGAAUGUGAUUAGAGAUGACACAUCUUUGAUUAAAUAAUUAUAAUAAACACACAGUGGACGUAUGAGGACAAAGAGACUUGAUAGUACGCCUUUUGUCUGCUUCUGAUGCUCGGUGGAGUCAGUUUGGGUCUAAUCAAGGGUACUCAAGUUGAACAUUUGUAUCCCUUGUGCUACAGUAUAUUCACAUAUUGUACAGUCUGUGAAGAGAAAUUCAAAACUCUAUUGCUUUUCAUUUACUCUCCUAGUUGGGGAGGACAGAAGACGUCGUUGUUAAGACAAUCCCUGCAAACAUGUAUCACUUCAACACUUGGGAAAUAAAUUUUACCAAAAAGUC